GUGGAACUCCGUAGUAGCUUUUGGGGAAGGGGACGAAUUUUUGGAGCCAAGAUGAACGAGAGGUAUCCACAUCCUUACUCCAGCACAGCCCUCAUGUGCCUGUUUUCAGCCAUUCAGUACACAUGUAUUGCAGGCGUUGUCGAUAGGACUCUAUCUGCAUGGAGGCUCAGCUGGGAUGUCAAGCUCUUGACUACCAUUUACGGGGGCAUUCUGUUAUCAGGCUUGGUUGUGGCUCUCAUUUCAUGGGCUAUUCCGAUGAGAGGACCACUGUUUGUCUCAGCUUUCAACCCCUUGUCCCUUGUCAUUGUUGCCUUUUUUGGGUCCAUAUUUCUUGAUGAGGCUCUUCAUCUAGGAAGUGUGGUUGGUGCUGGAUUGAUCAUCUUGGGACUGUACACUGUGCUGUGGGGCAAAGGGAAAGAGGUGAAGGAACUUGUCCAGCUUCAGGCACACAGAUCUGCUGGAGAAGCAACUAAACUGGAUUCAGAUGGGUUGCACUUGAACUCGGCUGGUGCAGGCAUUGGUGCAGAUCAAGUGCCAGAGCACAGCAUAAAAGAAGAUCAGAUAGACUGUUCAGUUGUAGCUAAUUGA